AGACAAAACUUGCCUUUGGUUAUUUUUCUCCUUCAGUAAGAGAAAUGGCGACAACCGCAGAAACUCCUCUUCUAGAAGAACACGUGAUCGACGCCGUUGACCACGACGGACUUGCCGCCGGAAGAUCAAACACCGGUAGAUGGACUGCCGCAUGGUUCAUAAUUGGUGUGGAAGUUGCGGAGAGGUUUGCUUACUAUGGUAUCGCAUCAAACCUCAUCAGCUACUUGACUGGACCACUUGGUCAAUCUACGGCGGUUGCCGCAGCUAAUGUCAACGCAUGGUCCGGAAUCUCCUCUAUUCUUCCUGUUCUUGGAGCUUUUGUCGCUGACGCUUUUCUUGGUCGGUACCGAACAAUUAUUAUCGCGUCACUUAUCUACGUACUGGGGAUGGCACUUUUGACUUUGUCUGCACUUCUGGUUCCUAUCACUAGUGAGAAUAAGGAAGUGGCCUCUUCUUCUUUGCUUAAUCUACUCUUCUUCUUCUCUCUCUAUCUUGUGGCCGUUGGACAAAGUGGGCACAAGCCUUGUGUUCAGGCCUUUGGUGCAGAUCAGUUUGAUGAAAAGGAUACACAAGAGAAACGUGACAGAAGCUCCUUCUUUAACUGGUGGUACCUUAGUAUGUCUGCAGGGAUCUGCUUGGCCGUUGUAGUUGUUGUCUACGUUCAGGAAGCUGUCGGCUGGGCUCUCGGGUUUGGUAUACCUUGUGUGUUCAUGGUCAUCUCUCUUGUUCUGUUUGUGUCAGGGAGAAGAAGUUACAGGUACAGUAAAAGAAGACAUGAAAAGGAAACCAACCCUUUUACCAGGAUAGGUAGAGUUUUCUUUGUAGCCUUCAAGAACCGAAGUUUAAGCCCCUCGCAAACUGAGCUUGAGGCAAACACAUCUCAUGUAUAUCCAGAGAAGCUGAGGUUUCUCAACAAAGCCUUGCUUGUCUCAGAUGCAUCUACUGAAGAGGAUACUGCAUGUAGUGUUAGUGAUGUUGAAGAUGCCAAAGCUCUUGUCAGGCUUAUACCAGUAUGGCUUACAACUCUAGGCUACGCGCUACCCUACGCACAGUACAUGACUUUCUUCACAAAGCAAGGUGCAACAUUAGAAAGAACAAUCUUCCCUGGUGUGAAGAUCCCAUCUGCUUCUCUUCAAGUUCUUAUCGGCGUAUCAGUAGUCCUCUUUGUUCCCAUCUACGACCGUGUCUUGGUCCCAAUGGGGAGGUCUAUCACCAAAGAUCCUUGUGGAAUCACAACGCUCAAAAGAAUUGGAGCCGGAAUGGUAUUAGCAACUCUCACUAUGAUGGUAGCAGCUCUUGUUGAGUCAAAGCGGAUCCAGACAGCAAAAGAGUACGGUCUUAUAGACCAACCGGACACAACGAUUCCAAUGUCUAUAUGGUGGUUAGUCCCUCAGUACCUGCUGCUGGGAUUGGCUGAUGUGCUUACAUUAGUGGGAAUGCAAGAGUUCUUCUACAGCCAAGUUCCCACCGAGCUGAGAAGCAUCGGUCUCGCGCUGUACUUAAGUGCCUUUGGUGUGGGAAGCUUGUUCAGCAGCUUACUUGUGUAUGUGAUUGAUUUGGUCACUGGAGGAGAUGCUGGAAACAGCUGGUUCAAUAGUAAUCUGAAUAAAGCACAUCUUGAUUACUUCUAUUGGUUACUUGCAGUUAUUAGUGCCGUGGGGUUCUCUGUGUUCUUGUUCGUUUCUAAGUCGUAUAUUUAUCGUCGGGUGGAUGGAGUCUAAGUCUUUUACAGCCUUUCUUGACAUAAGACGAUGAUGUAAUAUGAGAAUGGUAUUCCAGUGAAAUAUUGUGGUUCACAAUCUUGUGUUGUUAAUUGUAGGUCUUGUUUGUUUCAGAGACGCAUAUUUUUAUUUGUUUUCGUAAAACAUUUUGGUAAAAUACAAACGUUCAAGGC